CCCCCUCACCCGGCACCGCAGCCGCCACCGCUUCAGCCGGUACCGGCGCCGAUGCCGCCUCAGCAGGCACGGCAGCCGACGCCGUCUCAGGCCCUUCAGCCGGCAUCGCAGCCGCCGCCGCCUCGGCCCCCUCAGCCGGAACAGCCGCCUCAGCCGGCACCGCAAACGCCGCCGCUUCAGCCCCUUCAGCCGGCACUGCAGCCGCCGCCGCCGCCUCGGCCCCCUCAGCCGGUACCUCCACUGCUGCCGCCUCAGCCCCUUCAGCCGGCACCGCAGCCUCUACCGCCACCGCCGCCCGCCCAGCCCCCUCAGCCGGCACCGCAGCCGCCGCCACCUCGGACCCCUCAGCCUGCACCGCAGCCGCCGAACCUCCAGCCCCCUCACCCGGCACCGCAGCCGCCACCGCUUCAGCCGGUAACGGCGCCGAUGCCGCCUCAGCAGGCAUGGCCGCCGACGCCGUCUCAGCCCCUUCAGCCGGCAUCGCAGCCUCAACC